AUUACCGAAGCCUUUGUAGAGAAGCUCCUUCCUCGGGCUCCUCCUCGGACGACACAGAAGGGGUUCACAAACCUUCCCGACAUAAACAAUGAAAAUGUCAGCGGCGGAGAUAUGCCAGGUCCUCAAGGAGGGAGAGCUAGAGAAGAGGAGCGACAGCCUGCUCCAGUUCUGGAAGAGGAAGACGUGCGUCCUGACCACGGACAGCCUCAACAUUUACGCCGACACGCAGAAGCGCAACAGGGGCAAGGAGCUCAAGCUGCAGUCCAUCAAGAAGGUGGACUGCGUGGAGCGCACCGGCAAGUUCGUCUAUUUCACCAUCGUUACCACAGACAAUAAAGAGAUUGAUUUCCGGUGCUCCGGGGAGGAGAACUGCUGGAACGCGGUGAUCACCAUGGCUCUAAUCGAUUAUCAGAAUAGAAAGGCCAUCCAGGACUUUAAAACGCGGCAGGACAAUGAGAGCGCGUCACCCGGACAGCAAGAGAGGCGCAUGGCGAGGGCGCCCUGAGCCGCUGUGGGACUCUUGCAGUUAAUCACUCCUAAUAUGUGUCAAAGUGGACCAUACAUGUAUAAUAAGCGGACCAAAAGGAAGACGAGGUCAUCCGCUCCAGAGAUGAAGGAUUGUUGGGGACUGAACUCUCGGAGAGCGGGGACAACUGAUCUCAACCGACACACGGAGAGGUUUUCAGAAGCUCCACACACGGGACUGAACUCUUGAAUUGUCAAAACUAUUUCAAGUUUGCUCUCCUGGGAGAAAUGACUCCUAAAACCAUGAUGUUAAUUUAUUUGUUUCCAGAAUAUGUUGUGACUGGCAAACAGCUUGUGUUGUUUAAAUUAUUUACUAUUUCUAUAUUGUGUUGAGUGUGUAUUUAUUUGAAUAAAAAAUCGUAAAUUUUUAACAUAACUCGGCCCUCUCCUCUACUUUUGUUAUUCAUGUCUCAACGAGAACCUUGUCUACUUGGUGUCAAUGUCUGUUAGUAUCUCAUUACAGCCAUAUGGAGUCAGUAACAGUAUAUUUGACACGUGGGAACGCUUUUCACCAACAGCAUUUCUUAGCAAAUGCCAGACAUGCAACAGUAAAAAGGGAGUGGAGGACAGGAAAGUCCCUUUCCUUUCUGCUGUCAGGUGGAAUGUGACUCUUUACUGUCACGUGGAAGGUUUCAGGCUUGAGUCAUAAUAACUGAUAAGCAGAUUUAGUCACCAGCACGGGACACUUAAAAGACUAAGUGGUGACUUUGAACACACCUCAACUGCUUCCGAGGUGUGGUAGGUUU